CUAAAUUUACCAAAUACGUAAAGUCACGUUUACAUUCGAUAUAAAAAGUCAAAUCGGCUUGAUCAAAUUUUCAUAACGAAGUUGACGUGAAUCGUGUUGGUAUUUUUUGUGUUUGAGCAGAAACAAAUAAAAGGCAACAAAAUGAAAAUCGAACUAAGCAGUACUACUCUAUCAAAAAGCUUAUUCAGUUUUGAGCCCGUGCAAAUCGAAUCAGAAGAGACGAAAUGCAGAAACAAACUCGCUUUGGAAAAAUUACUCGCAUCGGAACCAGCUUGCAAUUACGUCUCGGAACAGCAAACAGAAGCAGUAGCAGUAGCAGAAGAAGAGCAAGAAGAACGGACGGAUAUCGAAAGUUCAACUAUAUCAAAGCAUCAGCUCGCCGAGUAUCGAGAUGCAUUUUCGUUAUUUGACAAAGACCAAGAUGGUAAAAUAUCCAAAGAAGAACUGCGUAGUGUGAUGCUGAACUUGAAACAGAAUAUCAAAUUAGGCGAACUCGAAGUCGUAUUACAAGAGCAUAAUUUCCAAGAUGAGGAUAUCAGCUUCGAACAAUUUGUACAAGUUUUACAAGCCACACAAGUCGAACAAGAUCUUAAAGAUAUUUUCAGAGUAUUCGAUAAACGUAACAUGGGGUACAUUUACCCUUCAGAUUUGAGAGCAGCUUGGCAAUCUUUCGGUAUAUCCUUAAACGAUCGAGAAAUUGACGAAAUGAUCAGCGAAGUCGAUACCGAUGGCGAUGGAAGGAUUAGUUUUACUGAAUUCGUUAACGCUUUAAAUACGCAUAUGGUAGGAGAAAAUGACGACGAUCCCAUUUCUUAUCAGUCGAAUAUUUGACAAUAAUUAUUAUAAUUUCAUUUUUUUUCAAAUUUUUAAAAUGUAUAUUCGAAAUUUUUAUUUUUUUGUAAUUAUUUGUUUAUAGUUAAGUAUGUACAUAAAAGAAAUAAUUAUACUUUGUGCAGAGCACAUUAAUUUAUUUUAAAACAUUCCUUUCAAAGGACUGUAGGUACUUAUAGGUACUCUAUACCUAAUGUUUAAUUUUUUCAUUAAAUUUAAUCCCAUGAUUUAAACAAAAGUACAUAUGUACAUAGCGAUUAGUUAAUCAAGGAGAAACCGCAAAAGUAUUGCCAAAUAUAUCUAUCUACGUAAUAUUAUGUAAUUCUAAAGUAAUUAUUAGGCCAAAAAUUAAUUUUAAUGAUUUAAAAUAUGCAUACCUAAGUAUUUUGAAGAGUUAUCAAUAAUUGGAGAUAGCGAUACCUGAAUAAUUGGGUAAUCAUUUCGAUGUUAAUGAUAUCAGACUUUUAGACGCAUAAUUUAUAUUUCACUCAACACGAAUAAUUAACUCGGAUCAUUUUUAUGUUUCCGAAAUAAAAUUAAUUUUACGUAUACUUAUCUCGAAUAAGAAUAAGCUGUGUAAAUUUACAUUAGUACCUACUUAAUUGAUACCUACCUCGUUAAAUUCUAAGCAUCGCCAUUCACCAAGUAUCCAUAACAAUCAAUGUUUAUGGGUGGUACAUGUGCGGCACCUAAGGGUGUUAAUUUGUCACAUUGCCGCACCAAGAUAUUGACGACAUGUGGAUUGUUGUAUUUAUUUUUGGCAUUUCAUCGAAUUCGAGGGUAGCAUCUUUCAAGACCAGACCAUCAAUGAACUCACUCCAUUAUGCAAGAUCCCAGCUGAGUAAGAAUUUCAUGAUUUCAUACUUCGUAUUAUAGCUUAAUUUUUGCAAAUUUAAAAAAUUAGCUAUCAGGAUCUCAGAUGAAUCAUCGAAGCAAGUAACGUGAUAUCGAAGAUCUCAGAACAAUUGAUUAAAUGUGAGUAUCUUGAUUAAAUUGUGAUUAUGUGUUUAUCAGGAUGGUCCUUAUUUUCAGAUCUUUAUAAUUCGAACUCCUCCCCUCUCUCUCUCUCUCUCAAUUUGAUUUGAUUCAAUCAUUUUCAUUAGAAAUAAUAUGUACUGUAGACUCUAUAAAUUUUAUGGCUUUCCAUCGCAUAUAAAGGAGCAAAAAUCCCCGCUCCAUUUUCAUUUUGCUCCUACGACAGUUGGAAAUCAAUUUUUUUCAAUUUGAAAGCUUUCUACGAGUGCUUGCUUCUAAAAAUAUAGCAUAGAUCCAAUUUUCAUUUCAAAAGCCCCAAAUUUGGAAAAGGAAGAACUAAAAUCUAGAUGAAAAAUUAAGGGGAAUUUUUUUUUCAAUUGUACGUUUGUACCUAUUUCAAGCUCAAAUUCAAAAUUUGAACAGAAUUGGUCCCAAAGCGAGAGAUAUGGAGAUGUGUCUCGAGACAAAUUUUUGGAAUUUUUAGACCUCCCUCUAAAUGUUGAAAAACUGAAAUACAAGUACAGCAUAUUUUUGGUAAAAAUUUGAACAAUUUUGCUCUCAUGGAGGGAGAGAAGGAGGGGAAGAACAGUCUCCAUGAAAACCAACGAACAAGGGCUAAACUUGAGAAGUUCCCCAAUUUCGAAUUCGGUUCCUAUGAUAACUAUGGAAAGCUAACUUUUCCAAUCGAAAGCUCUCAAAGGUCCAAUUUUCAUUUAACACCAUGAUUUUUUUUCUUAAUCGUGUUUCGACCUUAAAUCCAAAAUUUGAAUCAAUUUGGUGACAUAUGGUAGGAAGGAGGAGGGAGAUAUGCUUCAAAAACCAAAUUUUAGAAUUUUUUGUAUCCCUUCACCCAACUUUUAAAAUACGAGUAUUUCGCAUCAUACAUCACCCUGCGAGGGCGUGAGAAAGCUAAGCAUCCAAGUCUUUCAAUUGGUCAGGGAGAUCAAAAAUGGGAUCUAAACCAAAUUUCUCCAAAAAUAAAUCCCUGCAGAAAAAUGUAUGGAUUCGUGUAAUUGAGUCUUGGAAAAAUAAGUUUAUAAAUUUUAAUAAUAAUUUUUAAAAAAUGGACAAUCCUGAACAACUCAAAUACCCAUAAAUUUGUAAUUCGUGAAGUCAAAAAUGAGAUAUGAAGAAAAUUUAAGCUUCCUAUCAAAAUUGGAUCAAAUUACGAGUAUAUGUAUUUUUCACGAGCCUUUGAAUGUUUAAAAAUUUUUCAAAAAUUGAUAAAUUCGAAAACUUGACUUUAGCGUCUAUUAUUUUGCAUUGUAGGUAAUUUAUUUUUUUUGGAUUUUUUUUACUUUUUUCUAUUUUCAUUUGCUUUUUUAUGGCAAAUUUUUCUGUCAUUCGAGAUGCUCUCUCUCCUCCUUUCUGCAAAUCAAGUUCAAAUAUUACAUAAACCUCAAUAUUUGACAGAAAAAAAUGAAUUUGUGAAAAUGAAAAAAUCGCACUUUUUGAAAUUCUAACCAAAAUUAAUUCUUUCCAUUUCACAUUCGGUGAAGCAAAACAAUCUUCUAAAUCAUAUUUUUUCAAGGUAGAAACAAGGAAAAAAGUAUGAAAAUGAAAAUAAUUGUUCGUUUCACACACUUUUUGAUUAUUAUUACAGUUUUUUUUUGAAGUGAAGGGGACUUCUUUGGCGAAAAAACGGGGUUUUAUAAAAAUCAUUCCAAAUAAUUCUCCCCCAAAAAAAAAAAAUUGAAGAGCGAGGGUGCAAAAAAAUUUACCAAUCCUCAAUAAGGGCCAUCCUUGUGUUGAAUAGGUAUCAUCAGACACAUUACGUGCAUUACAAUCGAAUAAAUUAAAUUUCAAAAAAAAAUUGUACGCAUGGCAAAGGCACACAUCAUCAAGAGCGUUGAAUCAUCUUUAAGAUUUUUCAGUCCGUUGCAAUCCCCCCGGAUAAAAUGGAAUCUCAUCAGUACGGAAAUUCGCUACGUGUAAGACUACUUGAAAUUUAUCAAAAUUUCGUAAUAAUUCAAUAUUUCAAUUUCAGUUUACAAAUCAUCAUAGAAAAUUUCCAUCGAGCAGUUCUUACAAUCGUAAAAAGUUGGACUAGAGAAGAGAACAAACGUUAAAUGCAGCGAAGCUAAUGGGGAAAUUCUCCAGACUGAUGUACCUAUAAUAAAUAUAUGUCUGGGAUAAAUUUCCCAUGGUAUGGCAACUGGCGCGGCGACUUUGUGGCAGCUCCUACACAUUCCUUUUCAUAUUUCACCGCAUACGAGUAUACAUAUGUACCUAGCUAUACCAACAUUGCACUUAUGCUGAUCUUGGGAAUAGCAUAAUUUCCUGUCGUGUAUAUUUUUUGCAACAUCUCGGAAGAUAAAAUUAGCAGCUGGACAGUAUUCGAUGCAUUUCAACAAAAAUCAGCAAAAUAGAAUCUUAAUUCGUUAGAAAAUUUCCGUAACUAAGCUAAAGUAGAUUUCCUCUGUAAAACCGGGGAAAUUAGGUACAUUGUAUGGAAAAAAAAAUCAAUGAGUAGGCUAAGAUUAUACAUGAACAUCCAAAUGUGAAUUCUUAUACGUCUGGGAAAUGAAAUAUCAGUUAAUUCUAAGAAUACGCCGAUGUAACUUAACACUCCUCAUGAGAAUAAAUAUGAUUUUUUUUUACGCA